AUGGGGGAGAAAGAGCUCCAAGAUAUAGUGCAGCAGUUUAGCACAAAUUUCCAUACAUCAUCAAUAGAAAAGAAAGGGGACUCAGGUACAGUCACUAUCCCCUAUUCUAUUGGUCCUUAUGAUAUUAAUCAAGCUCUAUAUGAUUCGGGAGAAGGAAUAAAUGUAAUGCCAUUAGUUAUCUAUAAGGUGUUAGAGUCAGGAGAACUCAAGACUAUAGCUGCAAGGCUAUUAAUGGUUGAUUUAUCUGUAAAGAAGCCAAUGGGUAUUGUGAUUAAUGUAGAUGUAAGGGUGGCAUCAUUUAUAUAUUGGAUAAAUUUCAUGAUUUUAGACUGUGAAGUGGAUACCCACUCUUCAAUUAUCUUGGGUAGACCCUUCUUAUCCGCUGGUCAGGUGUUGAUUAAUAUGGACCUAGAGGAGAUCACCUUCAAAUGGAACAGUGAGCAAAUAUUGUUGAAUAUAUGUAUGGCAUUACAACAACUAAAUGAUAUAGGAGUGGUAGCAGUGAUUGAUAUAGUGGAUAAUGAUGUGGUUAGAGUGGAUGUACUUAUUGAGAAGAGAUUAGGGAUAGAAGCAUUAGCAGUAGUGAUCAUAAACUUUGAGAGUGAUAGGAUAGAUGAAUAUGAUUAG